GACCUCUUCCAGAUGUCCGAGGGCCGGCUGCAGCGCGCCGAGUCUUGCAACAAGCUGGCUCCGCACAUCUGGGCCAAUGCCGUGAGAGCCACACGGUUGAUGCACGAGAAGCUCACUAUGCAGUGGCGAAUGGCGGCUGCUAUCCUGAAGCAUGCAGACGCGUCGAAACGUGUCAGCUACAAGAAGGCGGACGAGACCGUGCGACUGGUGAACGAGAAGCUGCUGA